ACCAUCACUGGCCAUCCCACCUUCAUGCCUUCCUCCUAACCGCACUCUUGCCCCUCACCUCACAGAAGUCGUCUACAGAACAACAACACGAUAGCUAGGCUCACGAAUCUUGCCAUUUCGAUUUAACAAAACACACCUAGCGGUGUUCGUCCGCAACUAGCAGACAACACGAGCAUUUGAUUGACGGGCGAAUCGAUCGUUCAAUCGGGUACGGCUUUGGGAAACGCUGCAACCAUGAAUCCUCACCAGGCAAAGAAGGUCGACGUCAAGUCCCUCUCUCCCGAGGAGCAGCGGCUCUUCCGGUUGUAUGGCAAACUCCCCAACCGCAGCGACCACUUCGCCAAGCAUCUCAAGGACCGCAAGUACUUCGACAGCGGCGACUAUGCCAUGAGCAAGGCCGGAAAGGGCGACAGCGUCGACACGGGCGCCGUCGGCAGCCAGCACCCCGUCCCCGAGAACAUCCCCCAUCUCUCGAGCCCGAUCAGCGGACCCAACGGCAUCGGCAGCCCGUUACACCCCCAUCACCACAACCAACACCACCCCGGUCUGCAAGCCGGCAGCCCCGUGAAGGAGAGCAGCUUUCUGAACCGCGAGACCAACGCCGAAGACAUCGAGGCCAACAAGACCUCUGACGAGCAGCAGCAGCAGCAGCAGGAACAGUCCCCUAUCGCAUCCGAAGAAACAACCCAAGUGGCCGCUGGCGAGCAACAAGAGCUCCCUGUCCGCCGGUGAGCGAAGUGAGCGAAGUGAGCUCGAGAAUACGGGACAUGACAUGCUGCGUUCGUUGCUUUCGGGGGAUUGUUUUGCGCUCGGAGAACCAGGCUAUGCUUUACGUCUUCUUUGAAACGUA